AACAGGCAUACAGGACAGCGUAUUGUAUAGGGUUUUUUUCCACAAGGAUAAUCAAAUUUGAAGUGUAGUAUUACUUUUUGCAAACAGAUGGACUGACGAGUUUUGGGUUGACUGUGAAAUCGAAAAUCUUGCCAUCGAAAUCCGCGACUUAUAUAGGUAUAGGAGGUCACCUUCAUAUGUUCGAAAUCAUAAAAUGGAUCAACUACCCGUUGCUAAGAAAGAUGAUAACGUCGGAGUAAAAGAAUUGGACGGAAAUUACAUAUAUGGUCGCUGGGGACCCUAUCAAACUUUUCAGGCCGCCUUUCUCCUAAUACAUGCAUUGCAAGGAAGUUUUCAGCUUUUGAAUAUAGUUUUCAUUGCCUACAGACCAGGCUUCCAAUGUGCAGCGUCGGAGAAUGACAACCAGUCUCUUACAAAUAGUUCUAUGUACAUGACAUACGAAAAAUGUUAUCACAAUGACUCAGAUAUACAGCAUCCAAAACUAAUGGCAACAGCAAAGUGUCCAAACGGGUAUCAGUACACGUUAGGAAAAGACAGCACUAUUGUCACAGAGUUUGAUCUUGUCUGCGACCGAGCACAUUUAGCGGAACUUCUGCAGACAUUAAUGAUGGCGGGACAACUGGUAGGAGCAGCCUUUGCCUCAUCCCUCAGCGACAGAGUAGGAAGAAAGACCGUCCAUCUUGGCUCAAACCUUUUGACCUUGAUAUUGGGAAUUUCCAUGGCCUUUGCGUCAAAUUAUGCAACACUGGCAGCCAUGAAAUUUGUUCUUGGCGUUUUUCAACAGGGAAUGGUCAUGUCUGGUGUUGUCUUAUUCGUGGAACUCCUUCCAGAGCAGAGUCGCUUCUACUCUUCAGUAAUAGGCUUCCUUACUUGGAGUACAGGUCUGAUUAUCAUGACUGCGAUUGCUUAUCUACUGCAGAACUACUCCUGGAGAUAUCUUCAAAUUACACUUACCUGUUUUUCCUUUUUGAGCUUGUUCCAAUAUUGGAUUCAAGACGAAUCAUUACGAUGGCUCGUAGCCAACGGGAAAAAGAAAGAAGCAGAACGAAUAGUACGAAAGGUUGCCAAAUGGAACAAACUUGAUUAUGAGAAUCUCAAGAAGAAUGUGAAAAAGAGAAUGGCAUUAAGGAAUAAAGAAAAAGAAGAAACAGACAAAAUGCUGGCCGAACAGCAACAGCUCCAUGUUGUUGAAAAAUACUCCAUCAUUACCAUCCUUAGAAACAAAUCUGUCCUCGUCAUUUCCCUCCUGAUGUGUUUCACAUGGGUGACUAACACUCUGACAUACUAUGGGCUGAUCCUCACAGCUACGUCGUUGGCGGGAAAUCGUUUCCUUAACUUUUUCUUCAUGGCCUGUGUAGAAUACAUUUCAGUUAUCCUGGAAUACGGCAUGCUACGCCGGUUUGGGAGAAGAACUACAACAAUUUUUUUCCAAUCUUUAGCUGGAACUUCACUGGCUUUUGCCACCCUGUUGAAAUACUUUUCAGAUGGAGAUGGAACGCUCAUACUACUAUCAGUUUUGGCGACCUUUGCCGGGAAGAUGUCUGUGACUGGAUCAUUUAGUGUGCUAUUUCUCCUUACUCCUGAACUGUUUCCCACAAAUCUAAGGAAUGUCGGUAUUGGUUUGUGUUCAACAUUCUCUAGGAUUGGUGCCAUGAUAUCGCCUUUUGCUGGAACUUUGGCACGAGCUGUACCUUGGGCCCCGGGAACCAUUUUUGCUCUGAUGUGUUUUAUUGUCACAAUUAUUGCUUUGUAUUUACCGGAAACACGUGGAAUGGAUUUACCUCAGACUCUGGAUGAAACAAAAAGAUGGUACACAGAAAACAGUGGACUUCGCCUGCGCAAAAGUAGGAAGAAAGAACACAGUGUAUUUGAAGACUCUGAUGGUCCUCUAGCAGUGGCAUCCAAGGAAAUUUAGAAAUGAACAAAGUCUACUCUUUGUUAGAAUGAGAAAAUUGCAUCGUUGACCAACAGAUAUAUUACGUAAAUUCAUUUGUAUUUUCUAGGUCAAAGAAUUAAAUUCAAUAACUAUUUCUGUAUGCUGAGAUAUACUUGCAUGUACAAAUUAAAAAAAAAAAGAUAUACAUGCAGGUACAAAUUUACAAGAUGAACAUAUACAUGUACAUGAUUGGGAUAUUUCGAUAAACAUCUAAACUCAAACGAUGUACAUAACAUACAUGUACUGGUGAAAAAAUUGAAAUAAAUUAAGCAUGGAUAAUUUUAAGUAACUUUCCUUUGAAUAUUAAUCAAAUUGUUUUUCAUUAAAAUAAGUACAUUUAAAGUAGUAGCAAAGGGAUGAAAAAUGA